AAUCGCAUUCGUCCUCAUAUUCCAUCUUUGAAAAAGUAUACCUAUGGAAAGCACUUGAUUCAAAAGGUUGAAAAUUUGAUGCCUCUAGUUAUCCUUACUGAAGAAACACUAGAGAUGGAGGCCGCGGCUGAAAGCAACCAAAGCAGCCAAGAAUGAUCCGUUGUUACUUAUGGCUUAGACGAUACGCUUCUUUAGGAGCAUACUUGCACGUCAAAAACGCUCACUAAUGCUCACGCGAGUUACUUUCAUCUUCCCUAACCGCAUUUCUUUAUCGAAAGUAGCCACCGUUCAAAAAAAAAAAAAUUGUCUAUUGUAGUUAGCCAACUUCUUACCAUGCGAGGAAGUUUUCUUUUUGUCUUUUUUACUUAUUCCCUUUCAGCUAUAUAUUUUUGCUUUCUUCUGCAGUGCGGAGCAAACGGACACUGUGUACGGAUCGAUCAUAACUACACAUGUUCUUGCUUCCAAGGUUUUUCUUUUAUUUCUUGUACAAACACCCAAGCGCAAUGUAAAUACUGCGAUCGGGUAGCAGCCAGUUAUUCCCUUUAUCACUUUUGUAACAACUAGCUGCCCGUCAUUUUUCAUUUAUAAAAAUUCCCAUCUGUAUCACAAUUAACUCUCUACAUUAAUCGAAAGUAAAAUGAAAGAUGAAUGAAUGGCAACUAAAGUUAUUAAAGGCUAACAAGUUCUUUUUUUUCAUUAGCAUUGACAUCCCGUACGUUGGGGCAAACUAUCUGUCAGUAAAGUCGUCUGAUAGUAACUUAAGUAUUUUUCGGCGUUGUGAAUGUGUUAUUGGUGAGCGAUGAAGUGGGAUGGAGAGCACUUAUGUAAAGGUAUGUUGAUAUGCGACGUAAG